UUUCAGUUUUUAUGAUCAGAAAAACACAGAGCGGAGCGAUAAAGAGAGGAGAAAGGGAGAGAGACGCGAAAACUUGAGGCGUCUGUAAAUGGCUGCUCUCUCAAUAGUUUUCGUUAAUCAUUAAUAAAAACACUCGAUAAUAUUAUUUUCUGAGAAACUCUGUUGUAUAAUACCUAAAAGCUGAACGAUUAGGGUUUUGAAAUAUAUUUAUUAAUUUAGAGUUAUAAGAAAAAGAAGAGGAAGAAAGAACGAAAAAUUAAUCAUCAGUAGACAUUUUAGGGUUUAUAAAUUUCAAUAGGUUUAGGAGUUUUUAUAGAUCGUAAAUCCUUUCAAUUGAUUGUUUAACUAUCUGAUUAUUACUCAUUCAAGCAAAGAAGGAAAGAAAGAAGGGGAUUUUAUCAAUCAAGUGUAGUGUGUUAAUAUGCGAGGAUCACAUAAAUCAAAAAGGGUUUCUUGGGCAACAGAUGAAAAUCUCCGGCAGGUGAGGCUGUUUCUGUCAGAGGAUUCUCCUUCGCAAGUGGGAUUAGGAGUUCAGGAUCAUCUCCAAGCAAAGAAAUCAUGGUUAUUGCAUUCCGCUGGUGGAGGAACAGAUGAUCAGCUGCCACCUGGGUUUGAAGAUUCUGCGCAUUCUGAGAAUCAGUUAAAGAAAGAACUAUCUCAGAUAUCUUUGGUCAAAUGGCAAUGCCCUCCACGAUUUUUCUUGGAUCCGCAUUGGCAAGUAGUGGCUGGUCAAGAAAGUAAAGAGGGUGGGAUUCAAAACCAGCGAUGUUCGAGGGAGUUGGAAGCAUAUUAUCCACGCAGAGAUGAUAUACCUGAUAGCCCAUCUGUUCCCUUGGAAUGUGACAAUAUUCCUUAUGAUGAUCGUCAAACUCCUCUUAUCCCCGUCACUCCCAUUGAAGAUGAAGAUACAUCCGAUCCAUCAUUCAGUUCAACAGCAGUAACGGCUAAUAAUCCCCAGAUGUUACAGCUACCAGUACUGUCUCAGACACCUCCCCAACACAUGUCCAGUUCUGUUAAUACAGCCACCAUUGGAAAGCCACAUGGUGUCGGGUUUGCCCCUGGUGUUCAGCCAGAUGCAGUUGGUGCUGCUGCCUCUGCUGCCUUCUCCGCUAUCAUGAAGACAAACGAGCAGGCAAGCAUGAUCGACCCGGAGUUACUCAUACAAAUACUUAACAACCCACAACUGAUUGAAAAGCUGGUUAGUGAUUAUGGACCAUCACCUGCCAAUGGCAACUUACAGAACAACACAACAACCAGGCCAAGGUCACCCCCAUUGAACUUGUCAGCCCCACAGUCUAGUUCACUUCCUGUUCAUAUUAGUAGGUUAGCUCCUGAAGCGAGUUCGAUGUCUACCAUGCAUACCAGUGGACACUACUAUCCCGUGAAUAAUGUUAUGUCGAGCAUGCUUCAUGCACGUCCUCUUCCACCUCCACAUGGCAGUGGUAAUGUUCAGUUCUCCACCACUCCACCAAUAGUAAAUGUCCCACCUCCUCCGCCGCCUGUGAGAGACAUGUACUACUAUAAGAGCCUGAUUCAACAACACGGUGGGGAACGAUCAGAAAGCGAGAAUCACUCACCACCUCAGGCACAUCAAUUUAUCGGUAAUAACCAGCAGCAACAGCACUUUGGGGCAGCAGUAGCAAACCAAGAACAUCAUCUGUCAUCAUUACAUAAUUCAAAACAAAGGGAGACCGGAAAACCCAAGAUUAACAAGCCUUGCAUGUAUUUCAAUAGUUCUAGGGGAUGCAAAAAUGGAGCUAACUGUGGGUUUCAGCACGACCCAUCUUUUAAACCGCGGAUGCCAGAGUCUCAACAUGGUGCAAAGAGAAUGAAACUAGAUAGAGAGAUAACAGGAAGGACAUAACCUUCUUUCCCAUAUUAUAGCUAAAUAUUUAUAUGAUCUCUUGCCCAAUCUUGUAAUGGUAUGCCGUUUUUCCAGGCUCCUCUUUCCCUCCACUUUAUAAUAGUAAAAUAGGAAUUCCUCAUUUUGCUUUUCUAUUUUGCAAGUUCGGUUGUUUUUCUUGAUCUUCUUCCUGUAGAGGCCAUGACUUCGGAAUCUCAUAAUUUCCUCUGAAAAGGGUUGUUAACGGUGCCAAGAGAAUUGCUUGGGUUGGAGCUUAUGGUGAAAAGCAGUUGUAUUCUUUUGUUUCUUUA